GGGAGCUUACACACCGUUUAACGCCCAACACCGGCUAAACAGGACCGACAAGCAUAUAACUGAAGAAGUGUUCAGUAAUGGUUCGACGUGUGGCAGUAGUUGGAGCAGGCUGUUCUGGUUUGGCCUGUAUCAAGAUCUGUGUGGAUGAGGGGCUCGAGCCUGUCUGCUUUGAAAGCAGUGAUGACAUUGGCGGCAUGUGGAAUUUUAGAGAGACACCUGAGCCAGAUCGAACCAGCAUCUACCGGUCCUUGGUGGUCAAUACCUCCAAAGAAAUGAUGUGCUUCAGUGAUUUUCCAAUGCCAUCUGACUAUCCCAACUUCAUGCAUAACUCACAGCUUCUGCAGUACUUCAGGCUCUAUGCUGAACACUUUGACCUGCUUAGAUACAUUAACUUUCAGACCACAGUGAGGAGUGUUUUGCAAAGGCCGGAUUUCUCUCUAUCCGGCCAAUGGGAAGUAGUGACCAUAAACAAGAACGGACAGGAAGAGAGGCACAUCUUUGAUGCCAUUCUGGUGUGCUCAGGUCACUACACCCAUCCAACAUUACCAUUGUCUGACUUUCAAGGGCAUGAAACCUUUUCUGGCAGGUGUCUUCACAGCUGGGAAUAUAAAGAUGCAAAUGCCUUCACAGGAAAAAGGGUGGUGGUGGUCGGCACUGGCAAUUCUGGAGGUGAUAUUGCUGUGGAGAUUAGCAGAUCGGCCGAGAAGACCUUUCUCAGUACACGUCAAGGGGCCUGGGUGCUGGGCAGGAUGUCCACCAAUGGCGUUCCUCUCGACAUUGCAGUAAUCAAACGGAUCAACAACGUCCUCUUCCAAUUGCUCCCCAAGACUUUGGUCAACUGGGCAGCAGAGAGAGCACUGAACAAUAAAUAUGACCACAUAUUGUAUGGUCUAAAACCCAAACACAGACUUAUGGAGAGAAACCUUAUGAUCAAUGACGAUCUCCCAGGCCGAAUCCUUCAGGGGGCAAUAGUCAUGAAGAACAAUCUGGAAGGGUUCAAGGACUCUAGAGUUGUAUUUGAAGAUGGCACGGUGGAGAAGAACAUUGACGCCGUGGUAUUUUGCACAGGUUACAUUGCAAAGUUCCCAUUCCUACCAUCAACUCUGUCAGAGGGACCAUAUGAAGAGGUGACACUGUACAAGAGAGCGUUUCCUCCAUCCCUGCAACCUCCCACACUGGCCGUCAUGGGACUUUUCCAAGUAAAAGGUCCACUCAUGCCUACAGUGGAAAUGCAGGCUCGCUGGGCUGUUAAGGUCUUUUUAGGUCAGAGUCGUCUUCCAACCAAAGAGAAAAUGCUGGAUGUCAUUGAAUCUGAGAGGAGGAGAAACAUGCAAAGCUAUCCCUGUCCACGGCAGGCUGUUCUACAGGUUGAUUACAUCCCAUAUCUGGAUUUUAUGGCUGGGGAAGUAGGUGUUCGACCAAAACUCCUGAGGCUUUUUCUGAGAGACCCUGUGCUCUGGGCAAAGGUCUUCUUUGGUCCCUGCACACCUUAUCAAUAUCGUCUUAGUGGGCCUGGAAAUUGGUCUGGUGCCAGACAAGCUAUCUUCACUCAGUGGGAGCGGGUUUCUCAACCGUUCAGAACCAGAGAAAUACCAGACAACACCAGUAAAUUUGGCUUGUGUUCUCCGCUGAUGCUCACAUUCACAGGAACUGUAAUAAUAGUCGUGCUUUUUUCUAAAGGCAAGAUCGUUACGACCCUGGAAGUUGCUACUGAGAUGCUGAACAAAAGCACAGUUUUUCUGAGGGAGUUGUGGUUCAGCUUACCACAGAAUCCUGAUAUGUAAUGUAUUAAUAGACUUAAUUAACAUAACAACAAUUUUAACAACAAAAUUAUUUAACAUGGAUUAAAGAGGAAAGAAAACAGGUCUGUGAAUCACAGAAAAUCUGUUUAUUUUUUAUUUCUGUGUAUUCAUUUCCUGCUGGCCUGCAGGGAAAGAGGAGAUAAAUUGGGAGUCUCCUUUUCUUGUCGUAGUGUAAAAAUCAUGUGUUGCAAUUAUGUAAUAUUAUACAGUUGUAAAAGUACCUUCCAGUUCCAAAGGUCUGCAUAAUCUUCACACUGAGGCCUGCAAAUGCAAAUGCAAAAGGAAAAAAGAAGUCAUGCACACUACAGUGCAGUUGGAGUGAUUCUUAAAAACUAUGUGGUUCAAACAAAUGGACGGAAGUCUGAAAUAAAAGAGGAAAUUAAGUUUAUAUGUGCAAGGCUCAUGUCAGAGAAAAUGAUAACCAACUGCAGAAGAUUUUGUUAAUGAAAUGUUCAGUGAUAAAAAAAAAAUGAACCUUUAGUUUCUGGGUACUGAUGAUGAGCAGUGUGUGCCAUUUAAAAUAUGUGAAAAUGUACAAAUGCACCAUUUUCUACCUGCAGUUCUUCUUGUCUAACACUCAUGAAAAAAGCAAAUAAAGACAUUGCCUAAAAUA